GGCUGGAACGCUGGAACACUGUAUGCUUCAUGGUGCAGGUUGGCACUUUUGUCUUUUUUUAACAGUUUUCUAGGAACAGACAGCUUGCGGACAGUGAGGAGAUGUUUGCUCAAUGUGACAACAAAUGCAGCCUAAAACACGCAUGACAUCGCUUAGAGCACCUUUAAAACAAAAAGGAAAUGUGGAUCUGUUAUUUCCAACUCGUCCUCUAAACACCACAGGAUGGCGCCAACACCCAAGCUGCAAGAACACCACCCACCCACCCACAGAGACUGCAGACCACCCCCAGGAAAGGGAAGGUGGGAGGGGAUAGAGAAGAACCGCGGCAACCAGCACAUAAGUAACUUACAGUCUACACAGAGGGCAAAGGGAGGGAUCAGGAAAAAGGAUUGGUGGCUGCGUUUGACAAGCUUUUCACUUCCUGUCAUCUUACGGAAAAGUAAACUUAAAACAGAGAGGUGGAGACUGUUGCUUGGAUUCACACACAUUUUCUUUUUUGCCGUACUUUAGGAGGACUUCAUGGGUGAAAGAGGAAUCUUCAGCUCUUGGGUGAUUGAUGUGAGGGAGUCUGCUGCGAUGGAGGGACUUUCCCAGCAGACCCAGUGAUUCCCACUGCCGCCUUUGCCUCCUGCUAAAUGUGGAACGCCUAGGAUGGAAGACCCACCAAGUGCUGCUCUGAGGCACUGGAACAACACUCUCAACCUCCACAACCUCGACCAUCUCGCCUCCUCCUUGGAACACACUUGCACAACCAGCUGCUUCACCGCCAUCCCCGACCAGACAGGGGCCACCGUCACCGGGUGACAAGAUUCCAGGAUGUUUAUAAAUUUCCGCCGGAUACGAAAAUGCCAGUGUGUGCAGCUGAUGACCACCUGCCUGGUGCUGUCAGUGGUGAUGGUUUGCUGGGAGCAGCUGGACAACAGUGUCAUCAGCCACGUCAAGUCCUACUCCUACCGCUACCUGGUAAACAGCUUCACCUACAUUAACAGGAGCCUUACUAUCUCACAUGAGCAGGCCAGAAGCUUCAGCAACUUCAGCUACCUGCUGGACCACCCGGAUAAGUGCGCCGGCAAGGACGUCCUCCUCCUCCUCUUUGUCAAAACAUCCCCAGAGAACAUUAAGAGGCGAAACGCCAUUCGAUCCACCUGGGGUAAUGAGACCUACAUCCAAAACACCCUGGGAGUGACAGUCAAGGUGGUGUUUGCCUUAGGAGCGCCUCGGACCAGGAAGGAGGAGCCUUCAUGGAGCAAGAGGAGCGGUGUUGGUUUUCAGCAGCAGCUCAUCCACGAGGACCAUCUCCAUGGUGAUUUGAUCCAACAAGACUUUCUAGACUCCUUCCACAACCUGACUCUGAAGCUGAUCCAACAGUUCCACUGGAUGCACAGCCGCUGCGCACACGCCCGCUUCCUCAUGACCGCUGACGAUGACAUCUUUGUCCACAUGCCCAACCUGGUGAGCUACCUGCAGGACAUGAGCAGCAGAGGCGUCGUAGACUUUUGGGUUGGUCGCGUGCACAAAGGGGCGCCGCCAAUCCGCAGCAAAGACAGCAAGUACUAUGUGCCCUAUGAGAUGUACCAGUGGUUGUCAUACCCUGACUACACUGCUGGGGCUGCGUAUGUUGUCUCCAGGGACGUAGCUGACAAAAUAUACCAAGCCACGUUGACCCUGAACGCCUCUCUUUACAUUGACGAUGUGUUCAUGGGCAUCUGUGCCAAUGCCGCUGGUGUGUCACCCCAGGAGCAUGUCUAUUUCUCGGGUGAGGGCAAAGCACCCUACCACCAGUGUAUCUACAACCAGAUGAUGACCUCACAUGGUCAUGUGGAGGAUAUCUUUGACCUGUGGAAGGCAGCAACCCACCCGCAGGUGAAGCAGAAGACCUCUGGACUCCUAGGGAGGCUUUACUGCACAGCUGUGAAAAUGGUUCUCCUUUGUAAACCAUACUAUUUUAACACCUACCCAUGCAAAGCAGCCUUUUGGUAGGAGAAUGUAGGGUUUGCGUGCAUGUGACCGAGCGAGAGGGAGUGUGUCAUGGUCACAGUGAAAGGAAGAUCAUUGAUGCAAAUAUUACCUCAAAACACUGGAGUAUAUGUUCUGUUUCCAGAGGCAAAGAGACCAGAGGAUUCAUGUUUGUUACUGUUGUCAUGGUGGUUUAAUAAUUUAAUAACAAUGGCUUUGCAUUGACCACAGAAUGUGGUCCAAAAAGGUCCUUAAAAAAGAUGCUGCUUACAUGUCAUCCCUACACAAACUCACCGGGCUCACUAAUGGAAUAUUAGUUGUUUUCCCUCUUAGCCAUUUGGUUAAGAGAAUACUUCCUCUUUGUCUUGGAUUUUAUUUCCAGUUCUGUGCCUCACAAAAGAGUGGCCAAAACAUUGAAGUACUACAUUUUCUUAAUUUAAGGCCACCUCUCUCACUGGCGUUUACUUAUUUUAUUAUCUUAAUAGAGACAGAGCGCACUUAUACCCACCCACACCGGAGGGGGAAAACAAUGUGAAGGUCACUUGUCAAUUUUAUCUGCUAACAAAGAAAAAUGCCUAACACGUGCCUUGUGGUGGGUUGCACUAACAACAGGGUGAAGAACCCAUGAACUAAAUUUGUAUGAGCUGCCAAACUCACCCC